GCUAGCAAUUUUAUAACUCUAACCCGAAGAUUUGCAGAAUAAAAACAGCUCCUUUCACUUUCGGCGGGCUUCUCCGGAGCACAUCCAACCGUUCUCAAGUUGCCGCCAAACUCCGGUGCCGUUCAUGUCCGCAAGGCAAUGGUGGUCACAGAAGCUCCACCAAAUCUCACCCAUCUCUUCCCUCCCAAAUGUGCCGCCUGCUUCUCAUCUCUACCACCUCCAGGAUCGCAUACUUCGCCCGCUCUGGUCUUCUCCCUGCCGCGCAGCAACUAUUCGAUCAAAUGCCCUACAGAGACACCGUCGCUUGGAACGCCAUGCUUUCCGCCUAUUGUAGUUCCGGGCUCCCCUCUAAAACCCUUUCCCUUUUCUACGCCAUGCGAGCCUCCUGCACGCCGACGGAUUCCUUCUCCUUCACUUCAGCGCUGUCAGCGGCCGCCAACCUUCCCUAUCUUUACGCGGGCGAGAAGAUCCAUUCCCUCGCUCUACGCUCCGGGCUCUGCACUCGCUUGCCAAUCUGCAACAGUCUCAUCAACAUGUAUGGCAAGCGCUUCUGCCCUUCGGACGCCAAGAAAGUCUUCGAGGAAAUAGAUGAGGAAAAUGAGGUAUCUUGGUGCUCUCUUCUCCAUGGCAUGGUGAUCUCCGAACUUUGGAACGAAGCAUUCAAGGUUUUCGAUGAUAUGCCUCUUAAAAAUCUGAUCGCUUGGAAUAUAAUGAUCAUGGGAUUGUCUUCUUCAGAUUACCCAGAGAUUUCUAUACGUUUAUUCAGGGAAAUGUCGAUUGUGGAUUUCAAAGGAGAUGCUUUGACCUUUACUAGUCUUAUAAAUUCCUGCACAGAGCUAUCAGAACCUUUCUUUGGUCAAAUGAUCCAUUCACUGAUAAUUAAAAACGGAUGGUGCUGUACGGUAGAGGUGAGCAACUCUCUUCUUAGCUUCUUCUCCAAGUUCAGCUGCCACCUUGAUGCCUUUAGAAUCUUCAAUUCCAUGGAAACUCGUAGCCAAGUCUCAUGGAACACGAUGAUAGACGCACAAAUGAAGCUUGGCAACAUAGAAGAAGCUCUGAACUUAUUUCAUGCUGCACCAGAGACCAACUUUGUAUCAUGGACAUCCAUGAUUGCAGGAUUCGCAAGAAACUGGCAUGGAGAGGAAGCUCUUCUAUACUUCGUAAACAUGCAGAGAAACUUGCAUUUACCUGAUCAAUUCACAUUAGGCGCAGUCCUCCAUGCUUGUGCCACAUUGACAGUCCUAGGAAAUGGACUAAUGGUUCAUGGCUGUGCCAUCCGUCAUGGCUUCGAACAAUUUGUAUAUGUGGCGAAUGGUUUGGUGAACAUGUAUGCUAAAUGUGGUGAUAUCAAAAGUUCCAGCAAAGUGUUUGAUGAGAUGAAAGCAAAGGAUUUGGUGUCAUGGAAUGCGAUGUUAUUUGGAUUUGCAGCUCAUGGUUGGGCUCAAACGGCUUUGAAUUUAUUUGAAGACAUGAUAGCUUCUUCUGUUCUUCCUGAUAAACUGACUUUCCUUGGUUUGUUAAUGGCUUGUUGCCAUUCAGGGCUUGUUGAGCAAGGCAUGGACUUUCUAUCAGAUAUGGAAUCAGUUCAUGGGAUUUCACCAGAUGCUAAUCAUUUGACUUGUGUUGUUGACAUGCUUUCGAGGGCCGGAUACUUAAUUAAGGCAACUAAUUUGCUUAAUUUUAUUGAAAAGGAGCAUGUUGGAUACUGUGAGACUUUGCUUAGUGGAAGCACUGUCCAUGGAGAUGUGAGGUUUGGGGAGAAGGCAGGGGAGCAGCUGAUGGAAAUGGAGCCUGAGAAGGAGGUUGGGUAUGUGAUGCUAUCGAAUUUAUACUGCUUUAGUGGGCGGUGGAAGGAUGCGGAGAAAGUGAGGAAGGCAAUGGGGGAGCACGGAGUGAAGAAGACUCCAGGAUGCAGCUGGAUAGAAGUGAGGGACAUGGUGGUUGUCUUUGUAACUGGCUUUUCUUCUUUGUCUCACAUGUUGGAUUUGCAUAACGUGUUAACAGUGCUGGAAUCUGAGAUGAGAAAUCCGAGCUUCGUUGGAUUUGGAUUGGGAUCAUGAUGCCUGUUCUUGCUAGGGAGAUUAGAAGAAAAGGAGGGGACAGGCAGACAUCAAUAGACUGAGGCAUUCAGUGUAUAAAUCUGACUAUAAAGAUUGUUAGAAAUCCUCAUUAUGAUGCAAGCAUUUUGACUUUAAUUUGUUUUAUUAUAUGUUAAAGAGGGUGUUUGGCAGAAACAUUUGAGCAGGAUUUCACCUGAACCCUGCCAAACAGCAAAAAUGACAGCUUUAAAUCCUACAGGAUCUUAAAUCCAGUUUCUCCGUUUUUCGCCUUAACACUGGGAUUUAGUAAAUCCCAUUGAAAGCUGGAAUUACGGUAAUUAGAGGUCCUGAAACGUGCGAAAGAGGAUGGGAGAAACUGAAAAGAAAGAUGAGUCUUAGUUGGGUGGGAAUUAAGUGGAAAUGUGAGAUAUAUGGGGCUUUUAGAGAUCUUUGUGCGCUGCUCUGAUCCGAUCACUGCGUACCCUCAGGGGCUAAGGUGCAUUUGGAGUGGCGGUGCGGUGGCGUUGCGCCACAGUUUUUUCUAUUUUACAAAUUACGUUCGUUCUAAAAAAAUCGAGCUGUGUUUUCCUACCAUACUUGCUAUCUGCAAUGACUGUUAAAAAGCUGCAAUCAGACUUUUUUUAAAAAACAAUUCGUAAUAGCCACCACUAUUUUUGUAAG